AGAAAACACCCCACAAAGAGACAGGCCAUCGUGCACUGAUCGACCCCAGGCGCAUCCGCCAGAACGACGAACAUCAAGUUUCGGCAUCGCAAGAAUAUCAGUACAUGCAGUCGGCCGCCGAGUCGCUGGAAGAACCGGUAUCACGACGCAUUGUCGACGUCGAAAACUCUACUGCAAACCGUGUCAAACGACCGCCAUUGACGCCCGCCCCAACAGCGAAAAACACUGGACCUGACCUGGAACUCAUUCCAGAGCCGAAUCACGCUCCGCUGGCCGCGACCUGACCCUGGACCGGGGCGCAUCAUCAUCGUCCACCACCACCGCCCACUUCCAACCCCAUCGGCCAUCGCUAUCGCGCCCGCCCCAUCGAUUCAAGCAUCAGUCUCAAUUGCUCCCAUCGACACUCGACCGUCCUCGGCGCUCUAACAUAUUUUUUUCUCUCUCGCCAGCCCUCCCGAUGCGAUUCGAGCAGGGGAGUAACCUCUAAGCGACGGGCCUCCCUCCCUCACGCCGCUGCCUGCGGGCAGCAGCUCACCCAUCCAAAUGGCGCCCACUGUCGCCGCUGCUUCGGCAGUGUCGGUCGCGACCAAGGCGAAACGCCCCAUACCUCCGGGCAUACAAACAAGCGGCGCCGUGAUCACGUCACGCUCCUCGCCGUCACCAUCCAUAUCAGCCAAGCGAGCCCCCUCGGCCGUCCGCCAACCCUCGAUUCCCCCAACCGCUAACGGCACCACCCCAUCAUCAGCCCGACCCCCAAACCGGGCACGGCGAGAAGCCUCAGCACAAAUACUGGGUAGGGGCCAGAGGAGUGCAGGCCUUAGAUCGGCCAGCCUCGUCCCGGACUCUGCGAUAUCCCCUACCCUGACGGAACCACCACCAUACGUGGUAACUGAUGAGUACAUUUUGAAAAAAUACGCCGGGAACCCGCCCUCCCUCAUCGUGCAUCUAUUUCAAACGCAUUGGCGAUUUGAUCAACAAGAGGGCAUGUUUCCAUACAAAUCGCCCAUGAAGAUCUUCCUCGACCACGUUCGGGAACGCACUGUCCCCAACGAGCUGCUGGGCUACCUGACCGAGGCGGGGGUUCCUUUCUAUGAAGGAUGCUUAAUUGUGCAGGUACAUGAUCACAAGACAGCCACCCAGCAGGUCAAAGACGUUGCUCGGCCGACCUCUGCUCCCUCGAACUCCAAGUCGAUGCCGACGCCCUUCUCGAUUCACAACUACAACCAGUGUCUCACGCCAUCCUCGUAUGUCCCUUACCCAGAAGAGAACCUCAAGGCGAGCGGGGCGGCUGUGCCGGCCAGCGACUCGGACAGCAAACGAAAAACGGCCGAGGAAAAAGAUAAGGAAAACAUGCCGGCCCCGAGCGCGCCCAUAGAUCAGAAGAGUAAAGGACCAGUAAAGCCCAAGAUCAUCACGGUUGUGCUGCACCCAACACAGCAUAGUUUGCAUACAGAUCUUAUGAUUAAGGCCAGCACCCCCCGAGGAGCUUCAGAGUCACGCGCUGAUGGAGCUGUUCCUCCGACACCUCACGGAGCUGUGCCUCAUACCCCUAUGGCUGGUAGCAUGCCCCCUCCGGCCAAGAAACAGAAACGAGAGAAAAUGGAACUGGACUCGAGCAACAUCUACGUUGCCGAAUCGCAGAUUCUCUUGGCAACAACGGCGCCCUUGGACCUCGAGCCUACAAAGAAUGCCGAGGAAACAAUAGCCAAGCUCGAGCAGCUCGCGCACCCCGACCACUCGCACAAACCACCAGAGCCCAAGACUCGCAAAAGAACCGUGGCGGAGAUGGCGGCCGACGAAGCAGCAGCGGCUCAGCAAGAGCGCUACAUGCUCAUUCUCGAUGAGCGUGCGUCUUCCAAACUGGGUGGUGCUCAAACGGGGGGCAGCGGUGCAGAUGGGGAUGGCCAAGCGGCAGCUUCCACGUGGGAGCCUAGAUUUGAACGCUUCAAGGUCAUUGAGAACAUCCAGAAGGAACAUGCGGCCAAGAAGGAGGCAGAAAAGCUCAAGCAGGCCGAAAACGAACGCAAGCUCCAGCUGGCUAAGCAGCAGCAGGAGCAACAAGCUGCUGUUUUGCACGCUCAACAAGCGCAGCAAGCCCAACAGGCGCAACAAGCCGAGGAGAGGAGAAGAAAAGAGCAGGCGGCAAUGCUGCAAAAACAAGAGGCACAGAGGCGAAUGCAACAAGCCCAAGCCCAAGCCCAGGCUCAACAAGCGGCUCAAGCAGCUCAGCAGCUGGCUCAGGCUCAGCAGCAGGCUCAACAACAGGCUCAACAACAGGCUCAACAACAAGCCAGGGCUCAGCAAGCCCAGGCUCUGGCUCAGCAGCAAGCUCAACAAGCCCAGGCGCAGCAGGCGGCUCAACAACAGGCGCAGCAGAACCAGGGAAUGCAAAAUAUGGGCACUCCCAAUGCUCAGCACAGUCCGAUGGCCGGCGGCAUGGGCAACGGCAUGCCCGUCAGCAUGGCACCCCAGGCCCAGGCGCGUUUUGCCCAAGUCUCACAGCCACAAGCCUCGUCCCCUAUCAUCCGCCAGAAUACUCCCCAAGCGGCAUCGUCGCCCAUGGUUCAAGGUGUUCCCAUGCAGCAUUCCAACUCCAGCAUGGGCCAAGCUGCAAGCCCACCCCGACCUUCAUCUGUGGUGCAAAACCACCCAAUGGCUGCUCCCAUGGCUCCCAGCAUGUCGGCACGUGGAAGCCAGCAGAGCCAUGCUGCUGGUACCCCUAGGAUGCAUUCUGCAACUCCCAAUAUGGCCCAAGCAACACCAAUGACGCGACCCAUGGCGGUGCCGACGCCAAGGAUGUCCCAAGCAAGCCCACCACCCGGUGUCUUGACUCCUCAGGCCAUGGGACAAGCGAUGUUGAUGAACGCCCAAGGCAUGGCGGGUAUGCCAAAUGUCAACAUCCAGUCCACAGCUCAGCAGAUUGCGGCUCAGCAGCGAAUGAUGCAACAGCGGCAGCAAAUGGGGAUGCAAAGCGGGGGUGCCGUGCCUUUGAAUCAAAUGCAGUUCCAGCAACAACAGGCGAUGCUACAGCGGCAGCUUAUGCUUCAGCAACAGCAGCAGCGUGGGCAAAUGAUGACACAGGGCAACCAGGCUCUCGCAGCCAACUAUGCGCAGCAGUUGAACAACAUGCAGCAACAAGCAGGAAUGCAGAUGACACCCCAACAGCGCCAGAUGCUCAUGGCUCAGUCAAUGGCGGCAGCCCAACAACAGAACCCUAACAUGAUGGCGAUGAACGGCAUGACGCCACAGCAGGUGGCUCAAAUGCAACAAAUUCAGUUACAGCAACAGAUCCAGCAGCAACAACAAUUGCAGGCCCAGCAGAGGGCCCAGCAACAGCAACAGCAGCAGCAGCAGCAGCAGCCAACGCCCCAGCAGAUGCAAAUGCACGCUCUGCUUCAGCAACCCCAGGUUCAGAGCCAGAUUACCAACCACUCGAACGCUCUAUUUACCAAGAGACUGCCCGAGCUCGCUCAACGUUAUGGUGGAAAUGCGCAAGCAAUUCCACAGGAAGAGUUGGCACAAUUCAAGGCGCAGUGUCAACAGCAGGCGGUUGGUCUUGUGACGAGAACGUAUGCGCAGAGGAACAUGCAGAUGCAGGCACAGCGGGCUCAGGCGGCGGCAAUGCAGGGAAUGAUGCAGCAGGGGAUGUAACGGGCUGUGAAUAUGGGGGGAUGUUGCUGUUAAGGGGGUCUCAGGUAUGGGGAACAUACUUAUAUCAAAUCAUACUCAAAAAGAGGGGGGGGGUGGUUGUUUUUCAUUUGGAGUUUUGCGGGGACAAGGCAAGCGGUGUUUACACGGUGUGGUUGGUUGGUUCCAGAAAGCUAGGAAUCUGGCUCUCUGGCUUUUUUAUCGUUUCUUUUAUCAUUCCGUUGCUUCUUAUUUUUUUUUUCACAGCCAGGCUUCCCAUAUUUUGGGGAAACGGCUAAGACUAUAUACCCUGGGUUUAUCAAUUAGGGCAUUUUUGGUUUGUUGUUUACCCCUUCACCCCCCCCUUUUUUUUUAGUAACUAAAGAGCGAUGAAUGAAAAAAGCGAAGAAGGAAGGGGGUUAGUUGGUUUGGUUUGGUUGUCAGCGGAUGGUGAUGAGGGCGAUGGGAAUGGGGUUGUCAGAAAUGUUCAUUGCUGCUGGUACUACUACUCCCACUACUCCUACUACUACUACUACCACUACUACUACUACU